AUGAAUAAUGAAGAUUUGGAGCCUAUAGCAUUCUCAAAUUAAACAUCCAUUUAAGAGAUUGCUCAUUUCAGGAAUAGACUAGUCAAUGAUAAAUUUGAAAACAUGAAUUCGAAUUAACAAUAAAAAUGUUAAAGUUUCAACGCUUUUGAAAUUGGUACACCAAAAGUAAGAAAAUAGAAAAAAACUAAAACAAACAUAAUUUUAAGAAAUGAAGAAAGUGUUUUUGGUUUGAGAUUCGACAAUGAUAAUUUAUCAAAAAAAGAUAUCUCAUCUGUCAAAUAUACAUUUGGAGCCAGAUCUGAAAAACCCAAAAGGGAAUCCACUAAUAAGAUUGUUUAAUAAAUAAAUGAAAAGGUUUAGAAACAAAAAUACAAGUUUGCUUAAGAGAAAAUGAAAUGUCGAACUGAGAAGACCUUUAAUAAUAGUGAUAAUUAAUUCUAUAAAAUGAACAAGAGAUAUGAAAAAACUAAACUAAAGACUGAAUAAAUUUAUUUAGUUGAUCUCUAUAAAAUUUAUGGUUAUUAAAGGUUGAAAUACGAACUGAAUAUUUAUCAAGAUAACUAUAGUUUUUUGAAACUUAGAAAAUUCAUAAUCAAAGUUAUAUAUGGAAUACUAAUCAUUUUAAAUUACAUGCAAAGAACCAUCUUUUACAAAUUAUUUAUGUCAAUUAUAAUAUUGGUGAAUCUCGUAAUUUUUGUAUCUAAAAUCUUAUCCAUAGAAGAUGAUAAGUUUAUUAUUUAUGAAAUAAGUAAUGCAAUAUUAUUGAAACUAGUGGUAAUAUACGUAUACAUCGCUGAUUAAGUAUUUCGAAUACUCUCCAAAGGAAUAAUAGGACACAAACAUGCAUAUUUCAGAGUUGUUAAAAACUGGUUUGAUUUAAUUUUAACAGUCUUGCAAAUAAUUACUACUUUAAUCCCAAUUAUAGAUGUUGUAGAUUUUUCACCUUUGAGGUUAAUUACAUUGCUUUUGUAUUUAGGAGAUUUUGUGCCAGGUUUGAAAAUUAUGUUAUAAGCUCUUGGAAAAUCGUUUAAAUACCUUGUCGAAGCUUUAAUAAUUGUGAUUAUUUUUGGGUUGUUUUUUGCAACCCUUGGGCAAAGUCUAUUUCACGGUCUAAUAAACUAUAGAUGUCUGCCUAAGUAGUAUGAUUCUCUUGAUGAUUAACCAUGGAUUUCGUGUAGAAUCACCUCUUGUCCUGAUGAUUUGGUUUGUUAAUAUGUUUCGUAAGGACCAAAUAUCCCAACAUCUUUUAAUAAUGUGUUUUCAUCAUAUGCAUAGGUCUUAAGAACAAUUACGAUGGAUGAUUGGACAUGGGUCAUGUAUUUCACCCUUAAAAGUUAUGGUACCUACAUUUGGGUGUAUUAUUUAUUGAUAAUCUUUUUUGGUGGUUUCUUUGGAUUUAAUUUAGUUAUUGCUGUCCUAAAAAUUCAUUAUAGUUAAUAAACUAAUCAAAAAUUAAAUCAAUCCGAAGAAGAUGAUUAACAUCAAAAAGAGGAGAAAUUAAAUUUAUAAAUUCUAAAAUAAAAUGGUUUGUAUCAUCCUAUUUUAUAGUACAAAAUGUAUUUGAAAGGCGAUCAUUAAUUAUUAAGUAGAAGUUUUUGUUCAUUCACAUCUAUUCAGUCCGAAUAACCUCGUAUACUAUCAGGAAAACACUAUUCUAAAUAUGAAAACAAUUUUUAGUUCUUGUAGUAAUUCUCAUUAAAGACAUUGUUGCUGCCUAAAUUUGUGGAUAUUAAAAAAUAUUAGAAUUUGCUUUAGGAUUUGUAUGACAAUUUAAGUGAGAAACCUGAUAUCAACAUGUAGUGUCUUACUCAUAAUGAAUUUACAAGAUAUUGGGCAAAUGCAAAAAAUGAAGUAUACGUCUCAAAUAGUGCAUCAGAUGUUAUUUAAUGUAAAUAAGAAGUGAGUUAGAAGGUUCAAAAUAGAAUCUUGUAAUUUAGAUACCAAACAAAAAGUAAGAAUAAAUAGAAAAAUUUAAAUGAACUUAAAUAAUUUCCAAUACUUAAGAGCAGAAGAUUAAAAGAGAAAAUAGCAUCAUUUGCUUCAAGUGGUAUUACACUGAUGGACAUUCAUCAUCAUUAAUCUAGGGCUACAUCGUAGUAAUAAACUGCGUCCAUCCAUCCGAAUAAUAUAAUUAUUUCAGCCUAAAACAAGAAGAGUACCAGUACAUUUAUUUUACAUAAGGAGAAAGAAAUUUAUGUUAAAAUUUAUGGAUUCUAUCAUAAUUACAAAGCAGUAUCAGAGUUGAUCAACAAGAAAAUACAAAUUAGAAUUGCAGAUGAGAUAAAAAAUUAUGAGGAGAAAUAUUUAUAAAUAAGAAUGCCAGAAAUGCAGACUGGAAUUAUUGAAUCCAAAAAUUGUUCCAUAUCUAGUGUUAUUAAUAAUUAUGAACACAAAAAUAUUAUUAAACAUUCUUUAAAUCACAUUGACUACCUGAUUUGGUUAAUAGGAAUUAGAGGGAAAAUCAAAAUUAUUAGGAAAAUAACAUUUAUGAUAAUUACUAAUAAGUUUACAAAUUUCUUUGUGGAUUGUGUAAUUUUAGUUAACUUUUUAUGUUUAAGUUUGAUAGGCAUCAUAUCUAAUCAAUUUCUUACAGUUAUUGAAGAUUUUACAACAAUAAUAGUUUCAAUUGAAUUUGCAUUAAAGUUAAUCUCUUAUUAAACAUCAAAACUAGUUUAAAAAGAAUAAGUAAUCUUAGAAUCAAUCAUUAUUUUAAUUAACUUUUAUGAAAUGUCAUUUAGAUAGAUUCUAAACUAGUAAGACAUAAUUGCUAGAUUAUUAAGGGGCACCAAGAUUCUCCUAUUUCAUAGAUGUUUAAAAUAUAUUAGAAUGGCUGUGCUCAUAGGUUUGAUAGCAAAAAGAACAUUUAAGUAAUAUAUCUAUUUGACAUUUUUAAUGUUUCUAAUGAUUCUUAUAUAUGGUUUAUUGGGUAUGGCUGUUUAUGCAAGUAGCUUUGAUGAAACCCAAUUGCUUGGACAUUUGCAUUCUUACAAAGAUCCUUUAAAGUCUUGGAUGACUGUGUUUAAUAUUAUGACAAAUGAUGACUGGUAUGGCGUAUUGGCAUUAGGAACAAAAGUUAAUUAAAUAUUUGCAUUUAUCUACUCAUUUUCUAUGAUUCACUUCUUAAAUUAUAUUACUUAUGGUUUAGUGAUGGCCAUAUUAUUGGAUGGUUUUGGAGAAUAUUUAAUAGAGAUAAAGAAAGAUUAAGACAUUAUGUUUAAAGGUGAAACUUCUGAUAAACAAGAUUCAGAUUCAGAAGCUGAGGAGAAUUAAAAAGAAAAAGAGAAGGGUUCUGCGACCAAAUCACUUAAAGUUUUGUCUUAAAACCAAUCUGUUUAGAAGGAUACUCAAUAUGGUUAUCUUUUAGAAUCCAUUUGUAAGAUAUUGAUAUAUCUUUAUAGAAUAACUAGUGAAACAGAUAAAAACUAAGAGGAGAAAGAUCUACUUAGGAAUUAAGUGUAAAGAAUCAGAAUCUUCUGUGUGAAAACCAUACGAUCAGAACUCUUUUAUUGGAGCAGAUUAGGAUUGAAUAUAGGGUUUAUUGUCUUAAUUGCAAUAUAAACCUAUCAUGUGGAAUAUAUGGUAUUUGUAGACUCCUUGAUUCUGAUAACUAAUCUAUUAAUAACAGUGUAGACUAUGAUGUUAAUAAUAGCACUAGGAUUAUUUCAUGAGAAAGGAUCUUAUAUACAACACAUUUGGUAAAUCAUAGACAUCAUGUAUUUAGUAUGUUAUUAUCUAUAAUUGAUAAAUACUGAAAGUAGAAUAUUACACUUAUUUUUGUACCUCAGAUAUUUGAGACCAUUUAAGUUAUUGUAUUCAUUUACGCCAAUAGUUAAAUUAUACAAUUCUUUAGUGGCUGCUUUAUAUAAUAUGAGUAAUGUAUUAAUAACACUAUUAAUAAUAUGGACAAUGUUUGCAGUGUACGGUAUGAUACUUUAUUAAAAUAAAUUUGGAUUCUGUGAUGAUUUGAUGUAGUUUGAUAUAAAUAAAUAAUAAUGUGAAGAUGAAGGCAGAAGAUGGAUAACAUAUUAACAUAAUUUUGAUAAUAUUACAGUUGCUUUACCUACAUUGUUUGUGAUAUCAACAUUUGAUGGUUGGGGAGAGAUCUUACAAGUGGCUGAGAAUUCAAGACCUUCUUAUUAAGGCCCGUCUCCUUUUGCAAAUCAAUUGCCUACAUAUAUCUAUUUAACUCUUUUCUGCUUUAUAGGUUCAAUGUUUUUCUUAAGUUUGUUUACCGGUUUAUUGUUCUUAAAUUUAAAAGCAAGUUAAUAGAAAAUAGAAUAUGAUGAUUUAACAGUCUAUCAAUAAGAAUUCAUAUAGGUCUCACAAAAGAUUCUUAGGGAUUCACCUUCAUUUUCAUAGCCUCCCAGAAAUAUCAUUAGAAGAAUAGCUCAGAAGUUGAAUAGCAAUUCAUACUUCUAAUAUUUAUCCUUUCUUAUAUUAAUACCAGAUACAAUAAUUUAAAUGUCAUUUUAUUAAGAUAUGGAGAUUGAAAUUGCAUUGGAAUUAAACAAAUACCACGAGAUAAUUUCGAUCCUAUUUACCUUUUGGGUAAUAGUGUAACUAUUAGAUUAUGGAUUUAAGAGAUUUAUAGAUGAUUAAUGGAGACAAUUCUAUUCAUUCAUAGUUAUAAUCUCUUUAUUUGAAUUGAUUGCUACCUAAAAAUAUGAUCUAUUUAGGAUUCAAUUUACAUCUACAAUGUUCACUGAGAAUUAUCAGAUUAUAAGAUUAUUGUUUGCUUUAAGGAAUCUUAGAAUUCUAAUAUUAUUUAAAGGAUUUGAUGAUCUAUAAAGAUUGAUCAGAGUAAUGAUAUUCUCUUUUCCAUUCCUGGGAAAGAUAUUAUUUAUUUUGAUUGUAACAACAUUAUCUUAUGCUUUGUUGGGAUGCUAAUUAUUUGGACAUAUAGAUAAGGGAGUCAUUAUAGAUUCUUAGAUUAAUUUUUCAACUUUUACAAGUUCUCUAUUGACCUUAUUAAAGUGUGGAUCUUGUGAUAAUUUUAGAAGUAUAAUGACAGACACAAUGAUCCAUAAUAUUUACUGUUAUGAUGAUCCACGUUAUUGUGGGUCUUAAUUUGCAUAAAUUUACUUUAUUUCCUUUGUGUUUAUAUCAAACUAUGUCCUGUUAAAUUUGUUUGUCUUGGGAUUAAUUGAACAAUUCGAGAAAUUCUUUUAAUCGGAAAACUCAAUUCUUUAAGUAUACAUUGAAUCCAUUGACAAAAUAAAAACUGUGUGGUGUAAGUACUCAUACCAAAGACACGGAAAAGCAAUACACUACUUAUAGAUUUGCAAGUUUCUGUUAGAAAUUGGUUAACCAUUCACUCAUGUAAAGGAUAACAUUUGGGAUGCAGCACGUUUUGCUGGAUACUUAAAAAUUAGAACUGACGAUUAAGGCUAUAUCUAAUUCAACUCUUUAAUUUAUGAAAUAUUCAGGAGAACAUUUAAAUAGUAAGUUUUUAAGUAAGGAUCUGAAGAUUCAAUUAAGAUAAUUAAAAAGUUCAAUAAAGAGAUGCAAAUGAGACUGUUUUAUUUUAGAAGGGACAAAUUACAAAAAAGGUCAUUUAUUGCAACUUAUGUCGAAUUCAAUAGCAAUUUUAGCAUUGCCAGCGAUUAUCUUUCAAUUUUAGUUAUUUUUAAAGCUUGGUAAAAUUAUACCAAACAAUUAAUAAGAAGAUCUAAACUAGAACAGGAGGAUUUUUCUGACAAUUCUUCCUUUGGACAAGAAAUAUUGACAUAUUCUCAAGAGUAGAUGAAGAUGAGGAACAAAGCCAGGAAAAUCUGA